AUGCGGGCUGGGUCGCGGUCGAGCCUGUUGCAGCUGCUGGCGCUGCUGCUGUGGCAGCUGUCGGGCCCUGCCGGGGGCGUCCCGGCCCCCGGGGGCGUCGUCGGGGGCGGCGGCGUCGGCGUCGGUGUCGGGGGCGGGCCCCUGCCCGUCCUGGGCGUGGGCCAGGCGCCCGUCAUGUCGACGCGCAUCGUGCAGACGCGCUACGGCAAACUGCAGGGCCUCGUGCUGCCCAUGGAACACGCGCGCCACCUGCGACCCGUGGAGGUGUUCCUGGGAAUACCGUACGCGACGCCGCCCGUACGCUCCAACCGCUUCAGCCCGACGCGCACGCCGUCCCCGUGGGAAGGUGUGCGCAUCGCCGACACGCUGGGCCCCGUCUGCCCGCAGAAGCUGCCCGACAUAAGCAACGAGACGGCGGCCCUCGAGAGGAUGCCCAAGGGCCGCCUGGAGUACCUCAAGAGGCUGCUGCCACACCUCAAGAACCAGAGCGAAGACUGCCUCUACCUCAACAUCUAUGCUCCAGUACAAGGUAAGGGGCCAUCGACUGCAAUUAAUGGUUAA